ACGUAGCGACUUUUCCGUCACAGCAGCCCACACCGCUCUACAUACUCAUACUCGUAUUGAUAGCGCUCACUCUGCCGAAAUGGCGGUUUAUAUGGUGCGCACUGCGGACAUGGAUGACUUGGAUGCAAUCAACACACUCAUCCACUCGCCCACCGUCAAGUGGUUCGGCAACAUUCGCCCCAAAUAUGCGGAAAAGUUCAAGCUCUUCAAGUGCUAUCAGACCUACCGCCUGGUGGUGAUCGACAGGCAGACAUCCGCGCUCCUGGCAUAUGCGGAGUUUCGCAACUAUCCGUCGAUCGAUGCCCUGCCCAGCGACUGCUGGCCCGAGUGGCUGUCCGUCAGAUAUUGCCUCACGAUGCCGCUUAGCUUUCUGAACACAAUGUUUUUCAACUUUUGUGUCUAUAAGAUCGACAAUGCCGACGCCAUGGAGAGCAUUCUGAGGGACAUUUUCUACAGGGAGAAUCGCAUUUGGUAUCUCAUCACAGUCAAGAGUCCCACGAUACCGCAGCCCACCUACUAUGCGGAGACGUUCGAGGAUCUGGAGAAGUAUGCCGACGUCUUCUAUCCGCGCGAGUUCUCCAUCGAGAACAACUUCAACACGCAGGCCCUCUACGUCAUCUUUCGCUUCAAGCUGCUGCCCAAGAUCACCUACCGAAAGGCCCUGCCCGAGGACAAUGAUGACAUUGUGGCCAUACACGAGUACGAAUAUCCGGAGAUGCGCGAGCAGCUGGGCGACUUCUACAUAGCCGAGGAGAUCCUGCGCACGGACAGUGCGCGCGAGAAGAGUUUCCUGAUCGUGGCGGAGACCGAGAACGAGUGCCAGCAGACCGAAACGGCAGUGUUCCUCUGGCUGUCGACGGACAUCGACAUCCUCUUCUAUGUGACGAACUACGAGCUGGAAUCGUUUGGCAAUCUGGUCAAAACCGUCGAGGGUCAGUCGAUCCAUGUGGAGACGAUAAACGUGUCGUCUGUGCAGCCCAAGAACGUCGCCUGCCUGUUCACGUCCGAUGCCCUGGACGAUCUGGAUGCCAUGACCAUUCUGGGCGGCCUGCAGAGGAACGACAGCGGCAUGAGCGUCUACAGUGCUGGAAAGGCGAAAGUCAGCUCCAUACAAGGGAUCAUUAUUGAGGCGCGUGUCACGACCGGCACGAACAAGUUCUUUAUGCGGGAGAGCCUCUACUCGAAACUGAAGUACAUCAUUGGAAAGCUUGAGAACAGCGAGUACUACAUUAGCAAAGAGCUCAAAUCCAUUAAUGUCCUGUACUCUGCCGGAGUGCACCCGCGGGGCAGUCCGCUGGGCCUGGAUGCGGCAUCGAAUGUGUUCGUCCUGAAGUACAUUGGGGCGCGAAAGGACUUUCCGCUGGAGCGCCUGUACAACAGCGUGGUGGCCAUGUUCUGUGCCUUUCCCGACCGCGACUACUGCAUGAUGCUGAUCUCGAAGGAAACCAAGUCCAUACGCAGCCACGUGGAGGUGCUCAAAUACUUUAUGCCAGUGGCAUCUCGUCCCAGUGAGGUGGCCAAUCCGGAGGAGGUCUACAUCACCCAUCGCAGCACAAUAUUCGGAGAGAUAAGCUUGUAUGAACUGCAGAAGGACGACGUGGCUGUGGUGCGGGCCCUGGCCAUCGGCACCAGUGCGUCGGCGAAUGACGACAACUCCAGCAGCUCCCACGCCAGCAGCUUCUCGUACACCUCCAAGAUCAAUGAGGCCGCCGAUCUGGAGCACGAAAUCGAAGUGAUCAACGCCAUCAUGAAGGACGUCCUGGAGAACGAGCUGACCGAAUUCGCCGUCUACACCAUUCGCUGCGGCAACUCGGCGAAGGCGGCCAGCGAGAACACCGCCAUUGGAUUCGUGGUGCUGCGCGAGUUCCGGAACCACCAUCAGCUCCAUCGCCACUACCAUCUGCCCAGGCACCAGACCCAUCUGAACUCGAUGCGGGCCGAGAUCAUUUCCAUGCGGCUGCACCCCCUCUUUCUGAUCAGCAGCGAUCUGAUCUUCCGGGACCUGAGCAUGAAGACGCGCUACCAGGACUAUUACUUCAUUUCCUCCGCAAAUGGUCCCCAGUUCACGAAUGAUCUGAAGAAGAUGAUGACAGUCGUCGAGCCGAACCCCAUGAAGAAGAGUCCGAUCACAUUCAGAGUUCCCGGCGAAGGGUACUCUUCCAGGGAGAAGGUGCAUCUGCCGGAGCGUAAUUUCUACCAGGAUCACCUGAUCAUCUACCGCCACAAGCUGAACCCCACCAAGUGGUUUGGCAACAGCGAGCGGCUCGUCGUUGUGGGUUUCACCGAUGUGACCAAGGCGUUCCUCCGACAGCUGGUCUUCCAGUGGAACAGCAGAGAUCACAAGAAUUCGGAGACGUACACCUGUUUGCCCCGCGUCCAGGUGACGGUGAUUACGCUGCCUGGUGUCGUGGAGGCCGAGUACGACGGCAUGUUCCAGUGUCCAUACUGCGGCAACUCUCCCACCUGCUACUUGUGCUUCCAGAACGUCUCGUGCUAUGUGCGGGAUGUGAUUUGCCGCAUGGAUCUGCGCCACUGGGUGCACUUUGUGCCGGGCAAGGUCGAUUUUGUGGACAGGGAGAAGAAGUUCGUGAAGCUGGAGGACAGCUGCGAGAUCUACUACGACACCCUGCUGCUGGCGUGCUAUAAGGACUUUGCAUUGCGGAACCCCGUUCGGCGGCCAACAACGCCCAAGAAUCCGCCGUGCAACUUCGUGGAGAUCAACUCGCGGCUCAAGAAGUUUCUGCUGUUCUACAAGGUGCGGGCGAUGCUCGAGGAGAUGCCCCGCACGUACCUGGUGCUCGUCUACGGGUCCAAUCUGCAGACCUACGAGUGCAUCGCCUUUCUGAUCACCCACGGCGUGGAUACUUCCCGCAUCGUGCUGGUCCAGCCGCGUCGCAUCUCCGGCGUGGAGGCGGAGGAGAAGCUGAAGAAUCCCUACUGGGACAAGAACCUUCAGUACAUCCUGGAUGACAUCCUCACCGAUGCCGGCAUAAAGAUUGUCGAGAAUCACGACUUUGUGGACUGGGUGGAGGCCGAUUCGUCGCCGUUCAUCAUGGAAGUGAUCUUCGAGCACUUCCCCAGCAAAAAACGCACCUCCUUCGACUGCGACCUCUUCAUAUCCUUCGACGAGGGCCACAUGGAGCCCAGUACCAAGAAGUGGCUGAAGGGAUGCGGCAUUCAGAUGCGCAAGGACGAGAUUUUAGUGGACGAAGACUUCACGACCAACGACGAGAACAUCUACGCGAUUGGCAAGUUCAUCCGAAUGAACGGCGCCCCCAACUACCAGUACAAGUACACCAGCGAGCGGGAGCUGGGCCGCAAGCUGAUGCACAUCCUGGAGCUGUCGUCCAGGCAGGAGAACUUCGAGUACAAGUACUCGGAGCCGCUGUUCUUCCAGGCCCUGCUGCCACUCAACUACAUCAUCACAAAGGUGACCAUGCCCCGUCGCUACCUCGCCUCCCAGCUCGCCCCGGAGUACACCUGCAACCUGACCACCUACAAGAACAACACCUUCUGCCGGGUGGCCCUGGCCCCCAACAUGCUGGUGGACGAGAUUGUGGUGGUGACCAAGAAAGUGGCCCGCUUGGAUUACCUGGAGCACUUCUGCGGCAGGCACGAGCUGCUGCUCAACAAUCUGAAGGCUCGCUACAGCGCCAAGACCAUCGGCUGCUUCCUGGCGUUCUUCCAGGAGCCCUGGACGGAGCUGAUCAUGCACGAGAACUUCCAGGUCUUGCAGGAGCAAAACCGUGAGCUGCUCCGGCCAAUCGCCCUCUCCAACCUAAAUAAAGCCACCCGCAACCCCUUCAUGGAGGUGGCCGUGCAGGACUUUAUAUCGCUGAACAAGCGCUACUUGGAGCAGAAGCUUCUCAAUUUCCUGAGAGAGCACCGCAGGGACUUCCGGUAUCCGUUUGCCCUGCCCGAGGACUUCAUGAGCUCCGGCAUGACGGUGUGGGACAGCGAGACCGAGACGGAGACGGAGACAGAGGUCGAGGAAGUGACGAAAAAUAUGUAGCUCCCAGUAGUCUGUUGCCAUGUCGUGUGAAUUGUGAUGUGUGAACCAUAUCAAAUAUAUAUUUUGUGUGUUGUCUGAA